CCGUUGCUAAGAUCGAGAACAAAAACCCGAAUAUCAUAAAUAUUUUUUUACCAUUUACAUAUUAUUUUUUUUGUUGGUCUCGUUAUUUAUUCGAUCGACAUUUAUUUAUUUUUUACCAUUUAUCAAAUACAAUUAUGGUUGAAUAUAUUUGCUUUUAAAUUUUGAUUACCAUCAUCAUAUUUUAAUUAAAGUGUUCAAUUCAUUCUUCACCAUCAUCGGAUCUCAUUUCUUUAUAUUCCAUAUUUAAAAAAUCUAUCAUUAUCAUUAUUGGUGAAGAAAAUGUCACGUGCUUUUGGAUCAACAAUUCAACCGAAUGGCCAAAGAAAAGCUUUAGCUUGUAUUAGUCAAAAUCCUGCCAAUAUCAAUAAACAAAAUGUUCUUAAGCCGAAUAAUCAAUAUGGACUGAAUAUUCAAUCAUUAAAAUCACAACCAUUUAUUACAUUCCAAAAAUCAGUAUCGACAUCGAAUUUAGUUGAUCAAGAAAAUGAUUACCUCAAACCACAAAAUGUUCAACAACAACAACAAACAUUCAAGAUUUAUAAAGAUGUUCAAGAUACACCUGUUGAACAAAAACAACAACAACAGCCAGGUAAAAAUCAAGAAGAAUUACUUCAAGAAAAUAUUGAAGCUGUUAAAAAAGAGUUAAACAAUUUUCUCAUCGAUUCUUUAGAAAAAUCUCUUGGUACAGAUGACCAAAAGAUUUGUGAUCAAUCUUUUAAAUCAUUAUCAGACAAAGAGAAUGAUCCAAAGAAUGAUGUCUGCCCUGGUAAUGAUGAUGAUACUGAUAUGAUUAUCGAUGAUUAUGAUGAUUUGGAAAAUCAAAAAGAAAAUUUUCAAUCACAUUUAUCAAUACAUUCGGAUAUAAGUUAUGUACAACAUUAUCCAGAAUUAGAUUUACUUGGCGAUUAUUCAUCAAACAUAUGGUAUUAUAUGCUUGAAAAAGAACGAAAAUUUAUGCCAAAUCCAUUCUAUAUGAGUAAUCAGCAAAAUAUCAAUACAAAAAUGCGUUCGAUCCUAGUCGAUUGGUUGGUCGAUGUAGCUGAUGAAUAUAAAUUAAAAGAUGAAACACUUUUUCUAGCCAUCAACUACAUUGAUCGAUUUUUAUCCAAUUAUUCUAUUACGAGACAAGAAUUUCAAUUAUUAGGUACAUCAGCAUUGUUUAUUGCAUCAAAAUAUGAAGAAAUUUAUCCACCAGAAUUGGCUGAUUUUGUAUAUAUUACGGAUGAUUCUUUUAGUAAAGCACAGAUAUUGCUUAUGGAAAAAACUAUAUUGAAUGGUUUGGCAUUUGAUGUUUCAGUACCAACAAGUAAUUAUUUUUUGGAAAUGUUUUCGACUAAACUCGUUUUGGAUAAACAAAUCUAUUGUCUUGCCAAAUAUUUAAAUCUAUUGACUAUGUUAGAAUGUACACCAUUUUUAAAGUAUUAUCCAAGUGAAAUUGCCAUAUGUUCAAUAAUGUUGGCCGGUAAAAUAUUACGAAUUUCUGAUAUCAUUCCUGAAGAUUUUUUACAGCAAUCAAUAUUGUAUGAAAAACAAUUGGGCAAUCAAGGUGAUGUGUCACAAUUAUUAGAUGAACGGAAUAAUCUUUUGGAAGCAUUGAAUCAAUUACGAUUAUAUGCAAAUAAACAUCCACAGCAAGCUAUUCAGAAAAAAUAUUGUGAAAAUAAAUUUUACAAUGUAUCCAAACUGGCUGAUGAAGCGAACAUUUGAAAAAUAUUGGCUGCCAAUUUUCUUGAUAAAAAUGAAUGACGAAAUGUUUGUUCAAAUGUAAUUG